GAUAUGUGAGUGAACUUUCGGUUAUCUUAAUUUGGCAAUGAAUUAUGAUAAUUGAUCGGAAGUUUGCGGUCAAUUAGACAAAUGAGUCGUAAGGACGUAUUUGCAUGACACUAAAAAAUUGUGCACAAAUGUUGGGAAAAAUGCGGUUUUUCCCCCGAUAUUUCCUCAGGAAACAGAUAUGAAUUGGCUAUAAAUCCGUAAAUCGUUAUCAUAACACUCAUUCAUGUUCGAAAUGAAACUCGUUUGUGUCAUCAUCGUUCUAUUGCUUUCAAUAAUUGAAAUAUCAAAAUCUAAUUUGGUCUGGUUGAUUUCGUGUCGCGAUAACAACAAUUGCUCAUAUCUCAAAAACGCAACGUGUCUCAAUCAUUUCUGCUAUUGCGGAAAAGAAUUCUACGUGUGCGAAAAACUCAAUAUUAUAGGACAGGACUGUGACAACUCGGAAAAGUGUAAUUUGAGUUAUUCCGAAUGUGGAAAAGAGGGAAAAUGCGUCUGCAAGGACGGAUUCGUGCCGGCAAACGAUUUCUCGAGCUGUCUGAGAGGAAAUGAAAAAUCACCCUCCCAAUCGAUUUCUGUCCCACGAAGCGCUUAUUUAUUCAUAUCUUUUGUGAUUCUCAUCGAAAUUAUAAAAUAAACAUUUGUAUGAAGAUAA